UGUUCGCUAGCUAGAUAUGCGAGGAUGUGUAGUUUAGCUAGCCACAACGUUCGCUUGCCAAACUGUACAUUCUUGAUGUUUUUAGAUAGCGUUGCUAUCUAGCUAACGUUAGCUCGCUAUAGAGUCAGGCUUCCCGUGUGUGAUUUCAAAGUAGUCAGAUUGAUUUCCAAAAGUCACCAAGUUCACGUUAGCUAGUUAAUGCUAAACUGCUCGUGUGAGAUUACCAUCGUGCAAUUAGUCAACAAGCAAGUCGUCGUUAAAAGCUAGCUGCUAACUUGGCUAGCUAUGUUACCGCUGGCCCCACCAAUCCCUACCAUUAUGCCUGCUCUAUUAGAGAGGCCCAAACUGUCCAAUGCCAUGGCACGCGCCCUGCACAAGCACAUCAUGCAGGAGCGAGACCGCAAGAGACAAGAGGAAGAAGAAGUAGACAAAAUGAUGGAGCAGAAGCAGAAGGAGGAGGAAGAAAGGAAGAGGAAGAAAGAGGUGGAGGAGAGAAUGUCUUUAGAUGAGACAAAAGAGCAGAUCAUGAAGAUGGGGGAGAAGCUACAGGGGCUACAAGAGGAGAAACACCAGCUCUUCCUCCAGUUGAAGAAAGUGCUCCAUGAGGAGGAGAAGAGACGGAGGAAAGAACAGAGUGAUAUGACAACCCUGACAUCUUCUACGUACCAGCCCAGCAUGGCUAUCCACUCCCACUCAGGACAACACCUGCUCAGCAUGCAAGCGGGUCAAGUGAGUCACGGCCGCUCUGCUGCUCUGCUAGGAGAACGCAGUAAACAGCUGUUCCAGUCCCCUGUCCUUCCGGGGCGUCACUACCAGAACCAGCCAGGGAUGAGCUCCGGAGGCUUGGAGCAUGGGCAGUAUGCAGCCAGCCAGGCAGCCCAUGGCCCCUACGGCCAGCUCACCCAGGCACAGCACGCCACUCCCUUCGCCCCCAGCCAGUCUGUCCCUGUUAGUUACGCCAGCAGCUCACAGCUUAGAGGUGCCUCAGCCUUCCAAGCCAUGCAGUACCUGCCUCAACAACAGCAGGGCUACGCUGUGCACAGCCACUUUACCUCUCAGCCAGGAUUUAUCCCUAGUGCUGGGAUCCCUCUACAGAAGCAACUGGAACAUGCCAAUCAACAAUCUGGCUUCACUGACUCUAGUGCUCUACGGUCCAUGCACCCUCAGGCUCUUCAUGCCAGUGCUGCAGGCCUGCUGCCUACCCCCUCCCUCACAGUGCAGAUCCCUCCUGCCAAGUCUGGCUUGCCAUACACCCAUCCCCCCCGUCCGGCCUCUCCAGGAAGCUUUACUCAUGGAACUCCUCCACAGCAGGCUCACCCAGCAACGUUUCAGAGCUCUCCUCGGCAUGCCUACCUUUCCCACAGCCAAUCAGGACAGAGGUUCUACCACCACACCAAGUAAACUGGCCACAACCACCACCAGCAAUUAGGGAUUGGCAUCAUUCUCCACACAGAUUUAGGCUUCAACUUCAACUGCUGAAAUAGUACAUCAAUGUAGCGUUUCUUCUGCCAAAAUGUUGCAUUACAUCCCAUAAUAUGUAUAUUGACUACUUUCAGUAUGCAUUAGCAUGUUGUUUUCUGAUUUUUAUAUAUAAAAAUCUGAAUUUCAGUAGGUAAGCUUUCUAUUUCAUACAGGGUGUCUCAAUCAUGACAUACUAUGAGAGAGAAUUGGUAGAUUCAGAACGAUAAUAUUUGCAUUCCAAACAAUGGUGCUGUUUUCAUUGUUGAUAUGUUAGCAAAUGAACCCAAGCUUCAGUACUCUGUGCUAUUCACUUUUUACUGAUAAUGAAAGCCUCUUAAAAUACUCUUAAUGUGUUCUUAAUCUUAUUUAAUACAUUUUAAAUGAUUAAAUGUAAACCCUUCUCAGGGCCCAUGGAGGAAAUGAUCAUUUGCAAGGAUGAACUCUUCGAUUCACUUAAACAUGCUGUAUUUGUGGAAGCCAUAUUUUCAUAAACUUUUUAAAUGAAAAUCUGCUAAUUUUAUUAAAUUGCACUUAAACUAAA